AUGGAUAGAAAGUACCUUCCCAGAAAUGAGGGUGGUGGGGGCCUGAUCCAAUUGGAAAUGACCUAUAAAACAGCUACAAUGGGCUUAGAUACUUACCUUGACAACAAAAAUAACCCUCUUCUCGUGAUUGCUAAAGAGCAUGAAAAAAUAAAAACAGAGAAAAAGUAUUCGUAUCUAGCCAGGCUACAAUUUUCAAUUUUCAACCUCCUUGAAACACAGGAACCUGAGAAUGAAGCUCCAACUGUCUAUGCCAAAAAAGUUAGACAGAAAGCAGGGUGCCAUGCCCAAGAUCAAUUGAAACAAAAAUGGGAAGAUAAACCAAUGCAUGGGCAAUACCAGAAAGAGUAA